AUGGCUUUUGCCAAGCUCUUUUCCCUGCUUUUUCCUCUGUUAGGCAUCUUCUUCUUGGCCACCCAUCCCACCUUGACAAGCGCAGAAAACACCGAGGACCUGAUCAACAAAAUCUGUCGUUCAGUGGAGGAGUUCGGUUUCUGCAAACAAACCUUCAUGGAAAACCUGCUGUCCCCAGAAGCGGACAUUGUUGAUCUGACCCACAUAACAAUAUUGCAGUCAUCAAACAACGCGACCAACACCCUUGAUUUCAUCCGGAAUCUUGUCGCGAACGCGACCGACGAAGGAUUGAUGAACGCUCUUGUUGAGUGUGAAAACGCCUACAGACUGGUGGCAGGGUCUUUCCAGAACGCCUUCGUAUCCUUCACCCAGAAAGACUAUGAUGGCGUUCUGGUAUAUGAGAGGGGUACGCCUAGAGUUCAAGCCAGUUGUGCCACCACUUUCGACACUCCGCCUAAUCCUUUCAACCCUCUGGUUGACAGGAAUAGGCAGAUGAGGAUCUUGAUUACCAUGGCUGUGGUUUCUGCAACGGAACUUACCUCUUGA